GAUUGGACGAUCUUGAUCUUGUCUGACGCAAGCAAGCUAGGCACAGCUCCUCACUAAGACAAUAAACACUCUCUCUGUCUCUUUCCAUCUCUUUCUUUCUCUCUUUCUCCCUCGCGCUGUCUCCCUCGUUCAUUACUAAGGGCUCAGAUCUGAGAGAGAUUCGAAUCGGUCCCGUCACUGUUGCAAUUUGGUCACAGAUGGAUAAGGUUUUGAAGGUUUUGGUUAUUUGUUGUUGAAGCUGUUUGGUGUGGUUAUUUGGUUCCGUGAACAUCCAUCUCUGAAUCAACAGCUGAGUCUUUUCUAUUACGCAUGCUGCACGCUUGAUUAAAGCUUUCAACGGGAUGAAUAACCACAAUUGAACUGAAAUCUGCUUCUCAUGUCUGGCAAAAUAUCUCCUUUUAAUCAUUUGAUCCAGAUUUGGGCUAAAAGAUAUCUUCUUAGAGGUUGGUGACGUGAAGAUUAUCAGUAGGGUGCCAAGUUAGACCUAGCAACAUGGUCAUUAACAGGCAGCUAGUUUUGACCUAUCUUUAUCUUCUGGUGUAUAUAUUGCUUUCGUCAGGAGUUAUUUUAUAUAACAAGUGGGUUCUCUCACCAAAGUAUUUCAAUUUCCCAUUUCCUAUAACGCUUACAAUGAUUCAUAUGGGCUUUUCGGGAUUGGUAGCUUUCUUUCUAGUACGAGUUUUCAAGGUUGUAACUCCAGUCAAAAUGACUUUUGAAAUUUAUGCAACAUGUGUAAUCCCCAUUAGUGCCUUCUUUGCUUCAAGCCUCUGGUUUGGCAACACGGCAUAUUUGUUUAUCUCUGUGGCCUUCAUCCAAAUGCUCAAAGCCCUCAUGCCAGUAGCCACAUUUCUCAUGGCUGUUAUUUGUGGUACCGAUAAACUACGUUGGGAUAUAUUCUUGAACAUGGUGUUGGUUAGCAUUGGAGUUGUGGUAUCUUCAUAUGGUGAAAUCCAUUUCAACAUAGUCGGCACAGUUUAUCAGGUCACAGGAAUAUUUGCUGAAGCACUUAGGUUGGUCUUAACUCAAGUUCUUCUCCAGAAGAAAGGCUUGACACUAAAUCCUAUUACCAGUUUGUAUUACAUUGCUCCAUGCAGCUUUGUGUUUCUCUUUGUGCCCUGGUAUCUAUUGGAGAAGCCUGGAAUGGAAGUUUCACAGAUUCAAUUUAAUUUUGGGAUAUUCUUCUCCAAUGCUCUUAGUGCCCUGGCAUUGAAUUUCUCAAUCUUUCUAGUUAUUGGUAGAACCAGCGCUGUGACAAUUCGAGUUGCUGGUGUCUUAAAGGACUGGAUACUCAUUGCCCUUUCGACUGUUGUCUUCCCAGAAUCAACUAUUACCACUCUUAACAUUGUUGGUUAUGCCAUUGCCAUAUGUGGUGUAAUCAUGUAUAAUUACUUGAAAGUCAAAGAUGUCCGUGCAUCACAACUUCCUAUUGAGAAUCUUGCAGAAAGAACAGCAAAGGAAUUCAAGAUGGAAAAGAAGUCAUCUGAUCUGUAUGUCCCAGAUGACACUAUCAACAGUAGCAGUGGGCUGAGGAUUGGUAGAAAUUCUGCUUCUGAUGUUAACGUGGAUGAAGAAGCACCUCUGUUGGCUUCCUCAAGGCUAUCCCAUUUGGGCCAAAGCCAAUAUAGCAGCCACUCAGCUUGAUCGUUGGUAGCCCAGAAACGCUUCAUUAAAUUUUUCCAGAUCACCAUCAAUACAUCAUAAAAAUAUUUCAGCAGAGAAGCAGUGAGCAGGUUUGAAGUGCGUAGCCCCCUAUUUUUAUUGCUCUGGGGGAGAAGAACUGUCACGCUUUGUAGAGCAUCUUACUGUCGUAUAUUUGUUCUGAUUCAUUGGGAAUAGUUUAGUUCAAGAGUGGAUUUAUUUUUUGGCCGUGCUGUCUCCCUGCUUUCUAGACUUGGUUUAAAUCUUUAGCAGACUUAGGAGCUAUAGUUAAAUGUUAUUCAUUUCCACUCACUCUUGUGGGAAGGCCCUCAAUAGUUUUCUAAUUUGGUGCAAGGGAUCCCUCAAUAUUUCCUUCAACACCCCCUCCCAAUGCUGGGGUACAAUGUAACGAUCAGUAUAUGCAGAAAAUACUAAUGGAUUCUAAUUCUUUAAUCCUCAGUGUGGAUUCUUCAGGCGUGUUUCG